AUGCCAUCAACUCUUCUCCUCUGGUCCCUUGCGGCCAUUCCUCUCUACAUCGCCCUCGUCGCAACAAAAUACCUCCUCCUCCACCCCCUCCGCUACAUCCCCGGUCCAAAAUUAUGGACCAUCUUCCCUGCUCUGCGCUACAUAUCCUGGGUCCGCGGAACCUUCGACAUCGAGAUGAGGCGCUUCCACGCACAAUACGGGCCCGCUGUCCGCUUCAGCCGCGACGAAGUCUCCUUCAUCACACCGGACGCCUGGAAAGACAUCUACGGCAACGGCAGCACACCGCAGCAGAAGCACGCCCAACUACCAAAGGUCCUACACUCCGCGCAAAGCCGCGAAGCCGUAACAUCAGCCGACGAUGCAGAGCACAGCCGUUAUCGGCGAACGCUAUCGCACGCGUUUUCUGCAAAGGCGCUGGCGGACCAGGAGCCACUGAUGCAGUCGUACGUCGACAAGCUGAUAUCACGGCUGCGCGGCGUCGCCGAGUCGAACCGCUCCGAGGACAUGGCUAAGUGGUAUAACCUGACGACCUUCGAUCUCAUCGGCGACCUGGCCUUCGGGCAGUCGUUCGGCGGCCUCGAUAGCUCCGAGUACCACCACUGGGUGCGGACGAUUUUUGACGUCUUUAAGACCGGCCCGAUCAUGUUUGUGUUUGAUGCGUACCCGCUGCUCAAGCCUGUUGUCUCGGCACUCGUCCCGCGGCGUCUCACUGAAGCCAGGAAGAAGCAGACCGAGCACUCGCGCAUCACAGUGCAGAAGAGACUGCAGAAGGGCUCGUAUAACCGCAGCGACUUUAUGGAUGCGAUGCUGCGGAGUCGGAGCCGUGGUGAGGAUGACAAGGACGCCAUGACGAAGCCGUUGACGGACAGCGAGAUUGUGGCUAAUUCGAAUAUCCUUAUUAUUGCUGGCAGUGAAACGACUGCUACCUUGCUCUCCGGUGCAACGUACUGGAUCCUGCGGACGCCGGGCGUGCUUGAGAAGGUGGUUCGCGAAGUCCGCAAGGUCAUGGUCAAUGAAUCAGACAUCACGGUGUUGAAAGCCUCCGCCGACCUGCCGUACAUGCUUGCCUGCUUCGAGGAGGCGUUCAGACUGUACCCGCCUGUGCCGACGGGCCUGCAGCGGUGGACGGUGGAACCGAUCAAUAUCUCGGGAUAUGAAAUCCCGCCGAGGACAAAAGUCUCCGUCCACCAAUCGGCCGCCUACAUCUCACCCCUGAACUUCCAUAAACCCAACCAAUUCAUCCCGGAGCGGUGGCUCCCCGCCGCAAAAGAAGACCCGUCGUCCCCAUUUUACAACGACAACCGCGCCAUACUGCAGCCGUUCUCCGUUGGACCGCGGAAUUGCCUUGGGCGGAAUCUUGCGUUCGCUGAGAUGCGCGUUAUCCUGGCGCGUGUGCUGUGGAAUUUUGAUCUUGAGCUUUGCGAGGAGAGUUCGAACUGGGUGGAUCAGAAGUCGUAUGUUCUUUGGGAGAAGCCAGGGCUGAUGUGUAGGUUGAAGGUGCGGGCGAAUUAG